AUGCGGCUUAAUACCACGGCGACCACUGCGCAGGGACGUUUCAAGUACAGAAGUCUACUCAUCUGCUACAAAACUCAUAAAGGCUUGCCUCAGACCAGAUGCAUCAAGUCAGGGUCAUCAAAACUGCCGAUACUCAAGAGAUAUCGUCCUUCCUACGCGCAGCUACGCCUGAAUAACGAGCAAGAUCUACUAAAAGAGAUCAGACUUGAAGAGCUGGAGCAGUCUGUCCAAGAUGCAAUUCAAGUUGCUAGAGAGCUAGGGUUUGUCUAUCUCUGGGUGGAUAGACUAUGCAUAAUUCAAAACUGUCUAGAAGACAAAAGAAAAGAAAUUGCCAAGAUGGCAAUGACGUACAAGAACGCUGCCAUCACGUUGGCUGCUGGGACUGCGACAAGAGCUUGUGAAGGAUUCUUGGGACACGUGCCUGAUAAGAAUCCUACGUAUCUGCCGGAGCACAAGUUCGACAUACCAAUGAAGGAUGGUAGCAUUGGGACUGUCUAUCUGUCCGGAAGCCCAUAUCAACCAGAUCAUCCGCUGGACAAAAGGGGCUGGACUCUUCAGGAGUAUAUGUUGUCAUCCCGGAUGCUCAUUUUCUCGGACUACCAACUUCUUUGGCAGUGCCCAGAGGUCAAACUGCAAAGCGUCACCGGAAUUCAUGCAGGUAUAGAAUAUCAACAGCAUCUUGAGUCAUUACCAUGGGCUUCUUUCAACGAUGAGAGCGAACCGUCCUAUGGGACACAUGAUUCAGAGAAACUAUAUCUCUGGAAGACCAUCAUUAUGCAGUAUACACGACGAGAACUAAAAGAUCUAGAAGAUAGACUACCAGCGGUCACUGGUAUCACAACGGAAUUGCAAAAAGUGUGGCAGGACUCGCAUAUCUACGGUCACUGGGAGCGAUGGUUCAUCCAACUUCUGACAUGGUACAAGCCAGAGAACGAUAGAGUGAAGAAAAGAAACAUUCACAGAGCCCCCAGUUGGUCUUGGGUUUCAGUUGAUGGCGGCAUUCGAUACGAAGACCCAAUAGAAAUCGAGGACGCGAAGAUCGAGAUCCUUACAGCAGCCAAGGUUAGACUAUCCUGCCGAAUACUUCAGUUCAAAGAAAUAGAGCUUCCUAAGCGGUGCACGCUAUCAACGAGGCUGGAUCUCGUGGAUUCGGCUUCAAAUAUAGAAUUCGCGGAGAGAAAGUGUGAGUAUCUUCUUCUGGGUAUAAAGAACUGCUGUCACGAAGGAAAACGCGGACUGGCUUUGAUGAUACUCAAAACACCUGAUGGAAGUUAUAGGAGAGUCGGUUUAUCCCUGUUCGAAGACAUGACAGUUUGGACUGGCGUCAAUUUCCAGAGUAUUGAUCUAGAGCCGACGGAAAAGUAA